AUGGUCCGAGUAUUUCGGAGACCUGCCUCGGCUUUAGCCAGGCGUCUUCCAAGUAGGACCACCAAGCGGACUCUCCGAAAGCAUAAGGUGAUCCUUGAAUCUAUCACGCAGGAGAAAAAGAAGCUUCGGAGUGUUAUAUCAUUCGAAGCUAAAGCACCACCCGGCUACACUUUCAUCCCCGCAGGCAACCCCCAGCUCACAGGUGCUUGUAAGGAAUUAUGCCGAAAAGAUGGUCUGAAAGUCUAUGCUGUCACGACAACUCCUCAUAUGCACACCCACAAUCUUUCUCAACAUGUGCACCGCAUUGGGUAUCAUUUCCCAAGCGCUGUUGUCGCAACCGUGUGUAUGGACCUGGGUUUACAACUCACAGCAACUGGGAAUGUCAUGCCUGUUCACAGCAACGCUGCUGCUGGGGAAAGCAAACAUGCUAACUCUGAGGCUUCACAAAUUACAAUCAACACCGAGGCUAGGGACGUGCUGAGAGACCUCUUUCCAAAUAUACCAGACAAUGAUCUGAACCAGAUCAUCAAGACGGCGUUCCAGAAGGGCCAACGCAAAGUCGGCACGGCUGCUGAAUUACCUCUAGCACGUCGCGCACAACUAGCUGUCGUUGCACAUAUAAGGCAUAUCUACACUGAUUACGAUCGUCUUCUGAAGACUACAUCGUUUCACGAAGCCCGAAGCGCGGUUGAAGAGCCCACGUUAGCUAAGUUAGUGGAAUGGCGAGGUGACGAUGAAAACGGAAAGACAGUUCUUGAGGAUGUUUUUCGCGAGGUCAUUGUCAUAUCCGAUGAUGACGACAGUGAUGCCGAGGAAGGAGAGGUCUCUCGUUCGGUCAAUCGAGAUCACAGUAUCGAAAUCAUCUCUAGCCACCAACGACCCGAAGAACUACAGACGAGGCCGGUCAACUUCGCUCACCCAACCGUGCCGGAAUCCCAUUUGGACAUCUCAGACGAUGAGCCUCCGCCUGGUUUCCGUUUCAUUCCUGAAUCGCCGAAAAAGCGGCGGGUCGAUCGCCGUGGCUUCAGCAGAUAUCAUGCUUGGGACCGUGCCCUCAACCGAUACAGAAAGGGGACUUACCAGCAUAGGUUUUACGCAGACUCCACCGGCCAUCGAGGGCCUUUGUUGACCGCACGACAGCCCCUACAGGAAAGUAUCACAUUUGACCCAGGAGCUACCUCUCGUCGACCCAUAAGAACACUCCGCCACGUCUCUGUUGACCCGCACAUUGCACCUAAAACAAAAAUCCUUGACCACGGACAAAGGAGGACUCUGACACGGACGUUGAUGGAGAAUCGUGUAAGUUUGCAGAGAACAGAUGCCGAGCGGUCCGGUCACGAGGAUGUACAGAGGACACACAUAAGGCCUCCACUGAUAUCUCAUGAGCCAUCCAAUCCGGAAACACUUCUGCAUUUACCAAAUCAGAGAAGCGAUACCAGUCGCUUGGCGGAUCGAACUGUAGUGGAACACGUUUCAGCUGAUCAACAGAGAGCGCGUUUCAACCAGCGGCUUAAUUCUCCAAAUACCCCUGUCUUCGUCGGUGGUCCCACGGAGAUUCAAGGACGGAGCAGAGUCCCAUCCGGAGCCAUAUCAAGGAUCCCUGGUCCUCCAUAUCUUGGAAUGCAGCCGAACCCGCAGGAUCACGUACUACCAUCUAUUGAGACCCCGUCUUCGCCACAGCAGAUAAGGCGUCCACCAAGUGCCCACCUAGAUCAACUUACCAGGAGGAUAUCUGGAGGAUUCACCAUUCGUUCAGUAACACCUCGCCGCCCGGCUCCGCAGGACUCAUUACCUCAGGGAGAAUCGGAUGUUAGGAUUCCAGCGUCGAAAAGAAGACGUGUGGCCAAGCACGACCCUGCUACUUACAUCGAGCGUCGCUCCGAUGUUGCGCCCAUUGUUCCUGUGGAUACUCAUGCGAAACAGCAGUAUGUUUAUCUGGGAAAUACCUCCCCAAGAUCAUCUACUUCCCAGACUGGGGCUCCAAUUCGUAGGAGAUACAUGGUACCCGUCAAAUCCUCUUACCUUGCAGAGCGCUAUCCAGGGGGAUCCCAAGGCCCCUCUAACUAUGCACAACCCGUCCCAGAAGACGUGGUUGAUCAACGGCAAUAUCCCAACUUUAAAAGCAAAUCAACGGCUUGGGAGCAUCAGCCGAAGCACCAGCUGGAGCAGUACCGGGAGCUGUAUCCUCUUCACAGAUCUCAUGGGCAGAUUCACGUUUCAUCGGGUCCCGGCUAUGCUACUACCCCUGCAAAUGAGGGCUAUAAUGGUGUCUCAAAGGUGCCUGACACCGCUUCAGAAGCUGGACGUGUUUAUGAAGAUCGUCCAAUCCAUCAAGAAGCUAGAGAAGCGACUUAUAUGCCAGUUUCGCAGGGUUUUGGGCAUCAUCAUCGCACCUUCGAUCCUUAUGGGGCCUCCAGAAGAAGCAUAUAUGCCGAUGACUUCCUCCAAGUCAUCGAGGCGCGGGAACCAGUCGACGCGCUGAUGAUCAAGCCCUUGUAG